CAGAGCAAUGCACACACACAGACUCCACCUCCAGCCCAUCUGACUCCAGGAAGUGCCCUCCUCUGGGAGGAGGCUGAGGUCUGGGAAUAAAAGCAGAGCAGACACCAGAGGAGCCAAGCUUGGCAGCAGCCUGAGAGACAAACCUCCUCUCCAGAGGAAGAGCCUAGCCCACAGCAGAGACUAUGGAACUCACCUCAGCCCCUCUCCACAAAGCACAGGUCUCCUGGAGGGGACUCCUGCUCACAGCCUCUCCCACCACUGCCCAAGUCGCUGUUGAAGCAGUUCCACCCCACCUUGCUGAAGAGAAGAAAGUUCUAUGUGUCCACAAUCUGCCAGCCUCAGUCCUUUUGUUUUACUGGUACAAGGGAGAAUCUGUGGUUGGGAGGAAUGAAAUUGCAGGAUUUAUAAUGUCCAAUAGUACAAAUGAAUCAGGGCCUGUUUACAGCGGCAGAGAGAUGAUAUACCCCAGUGGAUCCUUGCUCUUCCAGGACGUCACUCAGAAAGGUGCAGCAGCUAAAGUAAUAUACAUGUUGUCGGAAAACUGUGACAUAAGAGUUGCAUUUGUGCAGUUCCAUGUACACCGUAAGCAACUGUAUCCUCUUGGUGGUGGGUGCAGCUCAUCCUACUUCUUCACAUACGUGGUUGUCAGUCCUGGAUGGCUCUGUGUUAUGGUCCCCACAUUGUGGUUCAAACAUUUAGUAAAGGACACACAAAUCAGAAGUACCACACAGGGCAAUCAUCCCUCUGUGGUCAGCACAGCACUGCUACCCAAGCCCAACAUCACAACCAACAAUUCCAAUCCCAUGGAGGGUGAGGACUCAGUAGCAUUAAUGUGUGAGCCUAGGACUCAGAAUACAGCCUACCUGUGGAGGAUAAAUGGUCAAAGCCUCUCAGAAGAGGACAGGCUGAAGCUGACUGAGGAAAACAGGACUCUCACUUUACUCGGUGUUGUGAGGACUGACACAGGACCCUAUGAAUGUGAACCUGGAACCCAGGACUUCUGCCUAGAGAGGCUCAGGAUGAUGGAGACAGGGGACAUGUCAGGCUCAGGCUCAGUGCACACAAUGAGUGUGCAACAGGGAUGUUUGUGUGUUGUGCUCAAGAUGGACCAGGGCUUGUGCAUGCUGAAUGAGUACUCUUCUGCUAAUCUGUACCCCAGACCUGCUCAACUAAGGUUAAAGCACAGCUCAAGAGAUACUAUGGCCUUCUACAAACCAGGAUUUCCCCUUCCCUCAGCUGACAUCACAUGUGACUCUAUUCUGUUUGCUCCAGAUGAUCUAGGUGCUCCUAUCACAUCCCCCUCAAAUAUUCAUUUCCAUCUAAGGACAAACCACAUCUCCUGCCACACAAAUGCUAACCCCCCUGCACAGUACUCUUGGUUUGUCAAUGGAGAGCUCCAGUCAUCCUCCCAAGAGCUUUUUAUUCCCAACAUCAAAACUAAUGAUAAUAGCAGAUCCUAUUCCUGCCUCAUCUAUAACAUUUUCCCUGGAGUCAAUAGGACCACAGUCAAGAACAUGACAGUCCUUAGUAAGUGGAUCUCUGAAAUACCAGCACCAGGUUAGGAGGGGAGUCUUUUGGCUUCCUGGGAAGGUGCAGAAGCAUUGAAUUUCCAGCCCAUGUCUAUGGGAACAAGCAAAACUCAAUCCUCCCAGAGCUUCCUGCUCCAUCCCUAUGUCUAAUGGUCUCCUGCUUCUCUGAGUUCCCCUGGCUGAUAGAGAUGGAGCUUGGAAUGUGAGCAGGAGGUUCUCCCAGUUUUGGAAGGCCUUUGGUUGUGUGAGGGAUACUUAAAGUCAAGAUUUCUUUCUGUGACUCACACAAGUCUUCCCGUCCCCUCUAUUUUCAUUUAAUGACCUCCAUGACCUAGAAGAAACACCCAGGGCUGUGCUCACAUGUUUUUUCUCCAAAUUGGGGGAGAAAAUUCCCCACAAAUGGGGACCAGCAGUCCAGAGCUCUGCUCCCAGUUAACUCUGCUCCUGUCUCAUGGGUGACUGGCUCAGCUCUGACUCUGUAGGAUGGGAAGAGUGAGUGGAGAAGGUGCCUGGGACCCUGUUCUGCAUCAGGGUGAACCAUGUCACUGACAGUUGAUGAUGCUCUUUCGCUUACUCUUCUCAAGGUUCAAAAAACUAAUGUCGGCUGAGUGUAGUGGCACAUAUCUUUGAUGCCAGCACUGAGGAGGGAGAAGCAGGUAGAUAGUGUGACUUUGAGGCCAGCCUGGUCUACAUACCAAGUUCCAAGUAAUCUAGGCUUGUACAGUGAGAUCCUCUCAAAAAAAAAAAAAAAAAAAGUACUAAGGAUUAGAGUGGCAGGCUGUGGUCAACACUGAUUAUUCACUUCUGCGCUGUGGUAUUUAAUCCAUACCUGUGAUGCAAGAAAUAACAUUUAUCUUUAAACAGAAAUUCUUUAGUUUGGGAUUUCUUCCAGUCCUGGGGUCUAGGUUUUAACACAUUUAAGAUUAGCUCGGCAGGAAGAGGGAGGAAGAUCAAGUUGACACAUGGUAGCUAGGGCCACUAGGUGGGUUUCAGGACAUGGGCAGGGCGACAAAUAUGAGAGACCCUUCUGAUAAGUAUUUAGUUCCGUGGGCAAAGGCCACGUUUACUGUCUAGUGCAGCUGGAGGAGGGGAGGCAUAGUGUCCCACAAAUUGAGGGAAACCUGUGGCCUGGAGCAAACCGCUUCUGCAUACACCUCAGGCAGCAACAGCCAGGGGGCGCACGAGUGCCUUCUAA